AUGCCAACUCUGCCCAAUGGCUUUCCCAACAUCUAUGCGGAACACCCCGUCUUCUUUUUCAAUAAUCUAGCACGCGACCAGCUGAGCCGAUGGGGUGCAAACGAUGUCCUCAGAGUCGCCAUCACCUCGUGGGAGGCCAGUGCGAAUGACCCCGAGAUACAACAACGGUGGCUAGUCGUCGUCCCCAAGGUCGUGGCAAAGCACCAUAACAACGCCACCAUACAACUUGGCAUCCCGUGCGUCGCCGUCGAGACGUCACGCCUAAACCAACCUCCCUUCGCCUUUAUCGGUUUUGGUAUGACGGAGGAGCUGAAGUGUGCGAUGGUGGCGCAGUUCUGCUACUCGACCCCGAAGAUCACAUUCUUCGUCCACAAAAUAUCGUGGGACUUUCCGACCUUCCUCGCCACCUUCGAGGGUUUCUCCAAUCUUUCCCAUGAACAGAUUGUAGAACUGAUACAGCGACACUUUGCCGAUAAUGCCACCCUCAACACCCUCAUCCAUCUCGUUGGAGCUGACAAUGAUGGCAGAGUGCGUAUUCAGCGCACACUCAACUCGCUGACCAUCAAAUUCCUCGACAUAAAGGUCCGCGGUGGACUCCCCUCGCUCGCGGUUAAUGUCUAUGCAGACUCCCCCUCUGACGAGCUCCAGACCUGGGAGCUAUGGUGUACAUACGUCACGCAGCUGACUUUUCCAACGGCUUUCCACGGCACUGGGAAAGCUCGCCCGAACUUCCACUGCACCGGCUGCCACGGCUGCGACCACCCUAGAGGACUUUGCCCCUUCGCCUCGCUCCCGGGCUGGAAUGGCCACACAAAGACCAAUGGGCCGGACGUCAACGACGACGAUCAUCCUGGCCCUGCGCAGCCGGGUCGUGCUGGACCAUCCUGCUGUCGCACCCAGAACCGCCGCUGA